UUUCGCUGUUGAUUUGAUAAUUAAACUUCAUCUUUCCCUUUGCUUUUUGUUUUUUUCCUGUUCUUCUUCUCUCUUUUUUUUUUUAACUAUUUCUUUUCUCUUUAUUGUAAGCUAAACUAUUAUUUCACAGUAUGGCUGUUGGUACCUUAAUUGUUCAUCCUGAAAAUCUUCUUGGUCUACCAUCUGAUUUGGCUCACGAUGCUAGAAUCUUUGUCGGUUGCUUUGUGCGAGAAAAUGAUAAGCAUAGAACUCACUCCGAAAGUGGUCCGGAACCUUACUGGAAGGAAUCACUAAAUUGUGAAGUACGUGAAAGCGAUGAUCAUUUGAACAUUGAAAUAGUGAAUGAAAGCCCAAGUAAUGGUGGCAUACUCGCCUCUGCCAAGGUCCCGCUUGAACCUGUAUUCAACUUGGGAACCGAGCAAAAGACAGUUGAUUUGAACUCGCACGGACGACCUGUGGGUCAGCUUAGAUUAAAGCUUACCUUCAAUGGUUCUCAUAGCACCGGUUCAGUUACUACAUCAUUUGGAAACAUGAACUUAGCUGGAGGUGGAAAUGCAUCUUACCAACAAACAGCUUCCUAUUCUCAUACUACAUCUCAUCAUGUCAGUAGUGACAGUCGUCAGAGCUCUUACUCCUCUUUGGGCCCAGCCAAUCCUAUACCAGAUAACUACGGUGCUGGCAGUCCUCCUCCAUUCACCCCUCCCGUUGGUGCCGCUGCUGCUUAUCCUGGAAAAGGCAAUACUUCCAUGCCCGCAGCGCCACCAGUAAACAAUGUUAUGAAUGCAGAAGGUGUAGUUGAUCCCAAAAAAAUGUCGAAAGACGAAUUUGAGGAAGCUAAAGCUAGAGGCAAUCUUCCAACAUGGGCUGUAAGAUUCCUAUUCUAUCAUUUUUUUUAUUUUUGGUUAUUCUAUUAUUGAACCUAUUUUAUACAUAUUCGAUUUCACUAGAAAUAUGGCGGCGGCGUUUUAGCAGGUGCUGCUGCCAUCGGUCUUACCGCUUGGGGCGCCCAUGAAUUGAAGGAGGCAUUAGAGGAGAAAUAUAGUAAGCCUACUGCAGCCCCACAUAUUCCCGAUCAAGACAAGUUACCCUACAAAAUCGAGAAUUUGCAACAUCAGCAGCCACAGCAUCCUCCUACACAACCCCAACCUCAUCAAGCAUAUCAGCAACAGCAGUCUAACGUUGGUGCUACUCUCCCUGCCGCUACUACUGCUUGUAAGUCUUCCAGUUCUGAUAAAAAAGAUAAAAAGAAGGAUAAAAAGGAUAAGAAGGACAAAAAAGAAAAGAAGGACAAGAAAGAUAAAAAAGAUAAAAAGAUAAAAAGAAGUCAAAGAAACGCAGUGGAAGUGGCUCUUCAAGUUCUUCUUCUUCAG